AUUGUCAAUGCGCUCCAUCAGUUGUGAAGUCAUGUGACAUCACUAUUUUUACUCGUACGAGCCGUUUCUCACCAGCUGGUUCAGAGGGGGGAGUGGAGUCUGUGUUACUGAUAAUCGCUUGGUUUUCCAAUGGCUUCCAUGCCUACCUCGACUCCGGCCAGCUCAGGCCGGAGCACUCGGAGGAGCACCGGCGUUGGCGUGUCCCCGGCAGGAUCCGGCUCCAGCCCGACUCGCCUGAGCCGCCUCCAGGAGAAGGAAGAACUGAGGCAGCUGAAUGACCGCCUGGCGAAUUACAUUGAGCGAGUCCGCUCGCUAGAGACGGACAAAGCAUCUCUGCAGCUCCUACUGGAGGAUCGAGAGCAGUCCUCGUCCCGGGAGAUGGGAAAGAUCCGGCUGCUCUAUGAAACAGAGCUCGCCGACGCGAGGAAACUGCUGGACAACACGGCUAACGAGAGGGCUAGGCUUCAACUUCAGUUUAGCAAAGUCACAGAGGACCACCGACAACUACAGAUAAGGUACAAUAAAAAGGAGACUGACUUGGCUGCUGCUGUGGGCCGCUUGAGAAAUCUUGAAGCUCUACUGAACUCCAAAGAGGCAGAAUUGGCAAAUUUACUGGCUGAAAACAGGCGUUUAGAAAGUGAACUUUUUGAACUCAAGGCUCAGACUGCCAAUCUUGAAUCUGUGUUACAUGAUGUUAAGAAACAGCUCCACGAUGAAAUGCUGCAAAGAGUUGACCUUGAAAAUCAAAUGCAGACACUACGGGAACAAAUGGAGUUUCAGAAACACAUCGGUGAAGAAGAACUCAGGGAAACCAAAAGUCGUCUUGAAACUAGACUGGUUGAGAUUGACUCUGGUCGGCAGAAGGAGUUUGACAGCAAGUUUUUCGAGGCCAUGCAACAGCUCAGAAGGGAACAUGAAGGCCAAAUCCAGCAGUAUAAGGAGGAGCUAGAAAGAAACUUUAUUGCCAAGCUGGAGAAUGCACAGCAUGCUGCUGCCAAGAACAGUGAUUUUGCCAGCUCUGCCAGGGAGGAGCUAAUGGGGUCGAAAAUGAGGCUUGAAACCUUGUCCUCUCAGCUCGGCCACUAUCAGGAACAGAAUGUUGCCUUGGAGACCAAACUAAGGGAAGCUGAGGAUGCACUGGACCGGGAGAGAGAGAUAAGCCAUCGACGCCUAACUGAGAAAGACAGAGAAAUGACUGAAAUGAGACGGCAAAUGCAGACCCAGCUGGAAGAAUAUGAGCAUCUUCUGGAUGUGAAACUGGCUUUAGACAUGGAGAUCAAUGCUUACAGGAAAAUGCUGGAAGGAGAAGAACAGAGACUGAACCUGUCCCCAAGCCCAGCACAGCGAACUGCUGUGUCUCGUACCUGGAAGCUGCGUGGGAAGAAAAGGAAACUUGUAGAGACACAGAGUGAAGCCCCCAGGUACAAAAUAUCCCAGCAUUCCUCCUCCAGCGGGCCUGUUUCUGUUGAUGAGCUAGACUUGGAAGGGAACUUUGUCAAGCUUAGAAACAACUCUGAGGAGGACCAGCCUUUAGGUGGGUGGAUGCUAAAAAGAAACCUUCUGUCCGUGUCAGAUGUUGUAUAUAAAUUUCCUUCAAGGUUUGUGCUUCGAAGUGGACAGACGGUCACUAUUUGGGCAUCAAACACUGGGGUUAGUCCUAAUCCUCCCAGUGAUUUAGUCUGGAAGAGUGAAACUACCUGGGGUACAGGGGAUAAUAUAAGGAUUGUCCUCAUGAACAGCAAUAAAGAGGAGAUUGCAGAGCGAACCCUGGUGCGAAUCCUGAGAGAGGCAGAGGGUGAAUCUGAGGAGGAGGAAUAUGAUGAAGAGGAUGUUACUGGAAGUGAGGUACACUUACGACGACAGGUAAUAUCGGACUCUAUCCACUGUAGCAUUUUGGGCAGAACAAGUAUUAAAAUAACAAUUUACAUUUAUAGAGAGCAUGUUCUUGCCAAGGCAAAAAUAGAGAAAUUGUUUUAAUGUUUUUCUUAAAUCUUAUUCUUUAUUUUUAAUGCAAUGCCAAAAUAAAUUUAUAAGGAGAGAGCGAGAGCUGUUAAGUGCUUGUUAUUCAGCAGGCAUUAUUUAUAGAAGCUGUGUCAGGUAAAGUUCAAAACCUCUUGUGUGUGCAAAGACUCGAUUUAGACCACAUGCAAACCUUGGGUGUCCAUUUUGCAGAACAUAACAUUUUGAACAGGAUUAUCACUUCUGCCUGUAAUGUACAUGCAGUACUUUUCCAUGGUUUAGAUAGAAAGAGACGCAACUUAAUGUUUUUUUUUUAUCAUUUGCCUGGUAUCUUAGCCAAAAAGAAGAAAAAAGAAAUGUUGUUCCAUCUCAUGAUUUGCCUCUGGUUGUAUGAACCAACAAAUUAGGUGAGGCAAUGAGGGCAGUCCUGUGUGCUUCCCCCUCUCCCGUGCUUGCUCAGCUUUUUAUACUGACCGGCUUGCCACGUCCUGGUUAUUUGCUUGCUGUUUCUACUGCUGAAAGCCUUUAAGAUAUGUAAUAUUAAUGCACUGCCCAAGCAAGAACACGUAUUAUAAUUCCCUGGUAAAGUUGCAAGAUACAUCAUCUGCUACAUAGUAAGUUAAAUUUGCCUUGUACUAUUUAUGCAAAAGAUCAGCGACCCUUGGAUACAGACCCAGCUGAGACGUUGUCUGUAUCACUCGUCUGUCGGAUGGGGACCCACCGUAAAUUAGAUGCUGCAUCUUGUUUAAGAUGCCCUUCACUAAGUAUUUGAUUGAAUUCUCAAAGCUGAACAUUUGGGGGCGGUAGGUUUUUUCUGUGUUCCUUGGUGUAUAUUGCAUUAACAUUCUAGUUGUGGCUUCCCCUGCACUCACAACCCUCAUUAGGGAAAGGUACUUUCCUUGUACAUACACAUCCAUGUUUUGCAUGGUAAAUAUAAUUUGUAGCUUAUGCAUGGAAAACAGCUGUCUCGCUCCCAAUAUAAUUGUAUAUGUGCUGUACGUUAAUGGGAAUGGCUUAGCAAACAUGUUCUAUAACCCCACUGUAUUCACAUGCAUCAGUAUGAAUAUUUUUUGUGAAUGAAUCUUGAAUCUGUUUUGCAGGGUCUUCAUAGAGCUGAUGAUCCCAGCUGUUCUGUUAUGUAGCAGAUCUUGGAAUCCCAAUGAGAAGCCGUUACUUUUCAGUGUGUUUUUUUUUUUUUUUUUUUUAAUGAAUUGGAAUGUAAAGAUGCUGUUAUUGGAGUUGCACUUGUUUGUUUUGUUUUAUAUGGAAACUGGUAUUUUUCUGUUGGGUAUUCUUUGGGGGUGGGGGGGAGGAAUGAGGACUGGACUGGUUGCAACACAAUGAAAUUGUUUGAUUAUUCAGUUUCUCUCACCUCAGAAGGUGCCUUUUCUUAACUGGCUAUUAGAGAUCUUCCAUGAAGGUUAAAAAUUUAAGGGAAGAACUGGACCAGUCAUAAAAACACAUGGCUCUCUUUUAAUCCCAAUACGUCAGAGGAAGCACAUUGUAUCCAGCGGGUAAGAACGUUGUGUUAAAUCUGAUUAAAAUACACGUCAUGGUGUGCCUGUGCAGUAGCUCAACACAUUAGUGUGUGACUGGGCUAAUCUGCUGCAUCCUCUAAGAUUUCAUUUAAAUAGCAACUUAACCUGGUUAGGUGGGCAUGCAAAUGGAACAGAGAUUCGUCAGGUCUUGGUUGAAAACGGCAGCUUUCUCUCUUCUCCACAAUGGGACCAUGGAUUCAUUGCCCCAGGGGCGUUGCAGCACUAAAGCUAUGUAUUGUUUGGGAGUAGUAUUGGUAGAAACUACACUGUAGCCUUACAGCUUAACUUAUACCUACUGUUUCCAACAGAGGUCCCUGUAGAGCAUUCUUAGAAGGGAUAGGGGGACUAACUAUGAAGUAAAAAUAAGGUCUCAUGAAGAAAGUAUGUCUGGAUUUCCAUGUAAUAGCUUGUGCUGUAAUUUGGCAACUGAAAAAAAAACUGGAAAAAAAUUCAUAAAUCUUCAUCAGCACAGGUGUUUUGAAAGAAAAAAAAGUGUGUGAUUUCCCUGCUUCUACAGUAUUCGUUACAUUUUCAUGGUGCUAUGACAUUUGGUUUAAUUAUUAUGUCUGUUAAAAUUGAGGUAUUGGGUUAUUAGAUUUAGUAUAGCUUUGCAUUAUUGCACACUAUUUCACAUCUUGCUGGCUUUAAAGGAAAUAUAAUUUUAAUGCUCAACUGCAAGAAGUGUUUUUUGAGAUGUACAGUAUAUUUCCAUUGAGCCUCUUAAUUGCACAGUCUGCUGCUGAGCUUCACAAUCUUCCAGUGUGAGUGUAGGUUAUUGUUGAAUCGCACAGUUAGCACUUUCACAAAUGACUCUAUCAAACAGGUGAAAAUCCUAACCCUUUUUAUUUUGUCUUUAAGCCAAAGAAGAAUAUGUCCGUUUUUAUACACUGAUGUAAAUUAAAAUAUGUAACACAGCUAUUUAUUGGAUCAGUGUGUAACCUGCAGUUCAAAUUUCUGUCACUGGGUAAAGUGUAUGUGUUUAUUAAAACCUUUUUUUGACGAGUUCUUCUCCAAAUGUUUUGGUAGUUUGGAAUAUUAUUUUGCCAGUAUGUUACUGUUGGAUGCUAUUUAGAUAAAUUAUUAAUUACCAAUACAAAUUGUAAUAAUUUUCAAAGCACACUGAAUGUAAUUUGUGCCUGCAUAGAUUUCUUGCACAGUUCAUAAGAUCCUUUUUUUUACCCCCAUUAUUUGAGUUGAAAUGCUAGAUAUAUGUUUGUUGUUUUUUUCUGGUGUACAAAACUUGUAGGACACUGAAUAUGAUGUAACUGCAAGUCAUUUAUUGUGAAGUCAUAUAUACCACAGCGAGUUAAUGGCCUUAUUGUAAAUGGCAUUAUCUUGUGUCACAAAUAUAUUGCUUCAUUUUGGUCCCUUUAGCACUGCAAUUACACUGGCUGCACCUACACAUUUAAAUUGCAUCAGUUGUGUGGGAAUGCUGAAAAUGUGAAAGUUAAGGAAAAUGGAGACGUGAUACUGUCGGCACGCAGACGCUCUACUCUAACGUUGAAUAUUGCCUUUGUGUGGGAAAUCCCAUACGUGUCUUCGGUCAUUUGAUCAUUAAACUUGCAUACUGUACCAAAAUAUAGACAUUAUUUUGUAUUACUUUAAAUAAAGCCUUUUUUUAUUGAAGAAAA